GCCCUCUGCUACAAAAAAAAAAAAAAAAACACACAAAAACCUUUCUUUUCUUUUUUUUCUUUCAGUUGGGCUUAUAAAUUGGGACGCGACGGUUUCGUUUCUUUCUACCAAACACGAUCUUCACGUGUCUUUUCUUGCUCUUUUCCUGUUUGUGUUCUGUUUUCUCUCUCUACAAGUCUCUUCACCAUUUUCUUUUUGUUAUGACGGAUUGACGGUGAUUAUAUAUAUAUAUAUAUAAAACCUGUAUACAGGGUGUGGUGGAGAGUGAUUGUAUAUAGGGUUUAGAGGGGUUUGAGAGAGAAUGGAAGGGAGAAAGCAAGUGAGUAAAUCUUGCUCCUCGUCGUCGUUAACUUCUGAGCUGUUUGGGUCGCGAGAAACGUAUUCGUCUUCGUCUUCUGCCGGGCUGUUUGGUUCCAUAUUUGCUCCAACGUCAAAGGUGUUAAGGAGGGAAUCAUUCCGUACCGAGUUGAAAAGACAGGAUUAUGCUAAUGGUGCCUGGAACGCCAAUCCCAGUCGUCCAGUCAAUACUUCGGAGACCAGUCAAGGUGACGUCCAGAGCACGCCCAAUGAAGACAUGAAUUACAUUUAUGAGGAACAACGAGUACAACCAAGUCCUCUCUGUUCAUCAAUCUUGUAUGGUGGUCAGGACAUAUAUAAUCACCCUCAGAGUAUCCAGAGCACUGGAGUGAAUUCAGUGUACAAUGAGGAUGAUUCAGGUAGUGCUUCGAGAGGAAACUGGUGGCAAGGGUCUCUUUAUUAUUGAAGGCUCACUCACCAUGGAUAUACUUACGUAGAUAGGUAUAUAUUGUGGCAGUUUAAUCUACCUUUUCCGUUAUAUAACGAUAAACUACAGUAGCUAGUCAGAUCUUGGCAGAAAGCUGGUGUUUGUCGCUUUCUCCAUCCUAGAAACAUCUUCCUAUGAAGUAUGAACUGAUAGUUAUGUUCGCCUCCCUUCUUUUUUCUCUCUUUUGUCGUUGUAAAGAAUUAUAAACUCAAUAGUUUUCCUGUAAAGUUUGUGUGGGUUUAAGGACUUCAUCUGCCAACGCCACCGUUAUAGUUGAACUUUGUAUUGGGAAGUCACUUUACUUAUGGUUCUAUAAUAGUCAUAUUUUGAUUUCAGA